AUGCAAACUUUUGAGCACAACUGUGUGGCUCUACAUACAUGGUUCUAUUUAGGGUUCGUUAUGAAUGUUGAGAUUUUAAAAAAAAAAAAUUGUACUACUUUUCUAGGCCUGAAUGGAUUGCAGAAUUGAACACCUACAGAGUGGAGGCAGCUUGGAAACUCUCACAGUGGGACCUAGUGGAGGAAUAUUUGUCUACAGAUAGGAACUCUACGACCUGGAGUAUCAGACUUGGGCAGCUGCUUCUGUCUGCUAAGAAGAAAGAAAGAGAUGGGUUCUAUGACACACUGAAAGUGGUGCAAGCAGAGCAGAUUGUGCCUUUAUCAGCUGCCAGCUUUGAGAGAGGCUCCUACCAACGUGGAUAUGAGUACAUUGUAAGGUUACACAUGCUUUGUGAGCUGGAGCACAGUGUGAAGAUGUUCUUGGAUAAAUCUCUUGGUGACUCCCCUGCAGAUUCUCUCAACUGGCAGGCACGACUGGAAAUGACACAGAAUUCCUACAGGGCUAGGGAGCCCAUUCUGGCAGUACGUAGGGCACUGCUAACAGUCAGUAAUAGACCUAAUUACACUGACAUGGUUGGGGAAUGUUGGCUCCAAAGUGCCCGAGUUGCACGUAAGGCAGGCCAUCAUCAGGCUGCAUACAAUGCCCUUCUCAAUGCUGGAGAGACCAGACUGCCUGAGCUCACUGUUGAGCGUGCGAAGUGGCACUGGUCAAAGGGUGAUGUGCAUCAGGCCCUCAUUGUCCUUCAGAAGGGAGCAGAGUUGUUUUUGUCUGACAGCAGUGAACAGCAGCUUAUCCAUGGCAGAGCCAUGCUACUUGUGGGGCGAUUCAUGGAGGAGACAGCUAACUUUGAAAGUAAUGCUGUGAUGAAAAAAUAUAAAGAUGUUACCAGUUUGUUGCCUGAAUGGGAG